AAAGCCUGUUUUUCUCCUUCUGAAGAGGAAUGGGGAGAAUGGGAAAGGGGUGCCUUGCUUCUGGGCCGCGCUCCUGGAUGCUCUCGGAUGAACUGGUCCAAGGCUCUCCGGCUGUUGUCUCUGCGUCCUUCCCAGAUGGGUUCCGAGAGGGAGGGGGAGGUGGGGAUUUUCGUAGGGGAGACGUAGGACCGCAGAAUGGAGGAGUGCGGGUCAGGGUCAUUAUUUUCGCCUUUUCUCUCCAUUCCCUCCUUUCCCCCUUCCUGCCUGGAGGAGACGCCUCAUUGAUGAAGCUAGAGAAGAGGAAGGAAAACCGCUUCCUGGAGCGCCAGAGCAUCGUGCCGCUGCGCCUCAUCUACCGCUCGGGCGGUGAAGACGAAACUCGGCACGAUGCGCUCGACACGCGGGUGCGGGGCGACCCCGGCGGCCGGCAGUUGACUCAUGUUGACCAAGCAAGCUUCCAGGUUGAUGCCUUUGGAACGUCGUUCAUUCUUGAUGUCGUGCUAAAUCAUGAUUUGCUGUCCUCUGAAUACGUAGAGAGACACAUUGAACAUGGAGGCAAGACUGUGGAAGUUAAAGGAGGAGAGCACUGUUACUACCAGGGCCAUAUCCGAGGAAACCCUGCCUCAUUUGUUGCAUUGUCAACAUGCCAUGGACUUCAUGGGAUGUUCUAUGAUGGGAACCACACAUAUCUCAUUGAGCCAGAAGAAAAUGACACUACUCAAGAGGAUUUCCAUUUUCAUUCGGUUUACAAAUCCAGACUGUUUGAAUUUCCCUUGGAUGAUCUUCCAUCUGAAUUUCAACAAGUAAACAUUACUCCACCAAAAUUUAUUUUGAAGCCAAGACCAAAAAGGAGUAAACGGCAGCUUCGUCGAUAUCCUCGUAAUGUAGAAGAAGAAACCAAAUACAUUGAACUGAUGAUUGUGAAUGAUCACCUUAUGUUUAAAAAACAUCGGCUUUCCGUUGUACAUACCAAUACCUAUGCGAAGUCUGUGGUGAACAUGGCAGACAUAAUAUAUAAAGACCAACUUAAGACCAGGAUAGUAUUGGUUGCUAUGGAAACCUGGGCGACUGACAACAAGUUUGCCAUAUCUGAAAAUCCAUUGAUCACCCUACGUGAGUUUAUGAAAUACAGGAGGGAUUUUAUCAAAGAGAAAAGUGAUGCAGUACACCUUUUUUCGGGAAGUCAAUUUGAGAGUAGCCGGAGCGGGGCAGCUUAUAUUGGUGGGAUUUGCUCGUUGCUGAAAGGAGGAGGCGUGAAUGAAUUUGGGAAAACUGAUUUAAUGGCUGUUACACUUGCCCAGUCAUUAGCCCAUAAUAUUGGUAUUAUCUCAGACAAAAGAAAGUUAGCAAGCGGUGAAUGUAAAUGCGAGGACACGUGGUCCGGGUGCAUAAUGGGAGACACCGGCUAUUAUCUUCCUAAAAAGUUCACCCAGUGUAAUGUUGAAGAGUAUCAUGACUUCCUGAAUAGUGGAGGUGGUGCCUGCCUUUUCAACAAACCUUCUAAGCUUCUUGAUCCUCCUGAAUGUGGCAAUGGCUUCAUUGAAACUGGAGAGGAGUGUGACUGUGGAACCCCGGCUGAAUGUGUCCUUGAAGGAGCAGAGUGUUGUAAGAAAUGCACCUUGACUCAAGACUCUCAAUGCAGUGACGGUCUUUGCUGUAAAAAGUGCAAGUUUCAGCCUAUGGGCACUGUGUGCCGGGAAGCAGUAAAUGGUUGUGAUAUUCGUGAAACAUGCUCAGGAAAUUCAAGCCAGUGUGCCCCUAAUAUUCAUAAAAUGGAUGGAUAUUCGUGUGAUGGUGUUCAGGGAAUAUGCUUUGGAGGAAGAUGCAAAACCAGGGAUAGACAAUGCAAAUACAUCUGGGGGCAAAAGGUGACAGCAUCAGACAAAUAUUGCUAUGAGAAACUGAAUAUCGAAGGGACGGAGAAGGGUAACUGUGGGAAAGACAAAGAUACAUGGAUACAGUGCAACAAACGGGAUGUGCUUUGUGGUUACCUUUUGUGUACCAAUAUUGGCAAUAUCCCAAGGCUUGGAGAACUCGAUGGUGAAAUCACAUCUACUUUAGUUGUGCAGCAAGGAAGAACAUUAAACUGCAGUGGUGGGCAUGUUAAGCUUGAAGAAGAUGUAGAUCUUGGCUAUGUGGAAGAUGGGACGCCUUGUGGUCCCCAAAUGAUGUGCUUAGAACACAGGUGUCUUCCUGUGGCUUCUUUCAACUUUAGUACUUGCUUGAGCAGUAAAGAAGGCACUAUUUGCUCAGGAAAUGGAGUUUGCAGUAAUGAGCUGAAGUGUGUGUGUAACAGACACUGGAUAGGUUCUGACUGCAACACUUACUUCCCUCACAAUGAUGAUGCAAAGACUGGUAUCACUCUGUCUGGCAAUGGUGUUGCUGGCACCAAUAUCAUAAUAGGCAUAAUUGCUGGCACCAUUUUAGUGCUGGCCCUCAUAUUAGGAAUAACUGCGUGGGGUUAUAAAAACUAUCGAGAACAGAGACAGUUACCCCAGGGAGAUUAUGUAAAAAAGCCUGGAGAUGGUGACUCUUUUUAUAGCGACAUUCCUCCCGGAGUCAGCACAAACUCAGCAUCUAGUUCUAAGAAGAGGUCAAAUGGGCUGUCUCAUUCUUGGAGUGAAAGGAUUCCAGACACAAAACAUAUUUCAGACAUCUGUGAAAACGGGCGACCUCGAAGUAACUCUUGGCAAGGUAACCUGGGAGGCAACAAAAAGAAAAUCAGAGGCAAAAGAUUUAGACCUCGGUCUAAUUCAACUGAGAGGGAGCCCCAAGCACCUGAGCCUGGGCACUCCCUCGCCCAGACAGUCCCAUCCCAAGGCAUAAGCCCAGGGGGCUCUGACAGCCCCCAGACAGGGAGUCUGGAUCACAGGUAUUUAAACCCAUGGUUCAAAAGAGACUAUAAUGUAGCUAAGUGGGUAGAAGAUGUGAAUAAAAACACUGAAGGACCAUACUUUAGGACUUUAUCUCCUGCCAAGUCUCCUUCUUCAUCCACUGGGUCUAUUGCCUCCAGCAGAAAAUACCCUUACCCAAUGCCUCCACUUCCUGAUGAGGAGAAGAAAGUGAACCGACAAAGUGCAAGGCUAUGGGAGACAUCCAUUUAAGAUCAACUGUUUACAUGUGAUACAUCGAAAACUGUUUACUUCAACUUUUAUAGAAAUCCAGGCUCAUGGAAUCACUGCAAAUCUAUCUGCUCUUCAGACAAUACGAAGACCCUCUGAGAUGCUACAGAGGAGAGGAAGUGGAGUCUCACAUCUGGUUACCAUUUUCUUUUUGUCAUUGGCUUAGGGUUUAACUGAAUCAUGAAAAGAACUACUGAAAUGUUAUACUAUAACAUGGAACAAUAAAGGUACUGGUAUGUUAACAGAUAAUCCGCAUGACAGAUAAGAUGUAGAAAUAUCCAUAAAGUUAACUCACAUGACCCAAAUGUAGCAAGUUUCCUAAGGGACAAUAGUGGAUUCAGAACUUGAUGUUCUGAAGCACAUCCUCACUGUAAACAGUAAUGCUAUAUGCAUGAAGCUUCUGUUUAUUGUUUUCCAUAUUUAAGGAAACAACAUCCCAUAAUAGAAACGAGCAUGCAGGGCUAAGGCAUAUAGGAUUUUUCUGCAGGACUUUAAAGCUUUGAGAGGCCAAUAUCCCAUAGGCUAACUUUAAACAUGUAUUUUAAUUUUUGUUUUGUUUUUUACUUUUCAUAUUUAUAUUAGCAUACAAGGACAAUUGUAUAUAUGUAACAUUUUUUAAAUUUAAAAAAAUGCAGCUGUUACACACAAGUGUAUUUUGCCAAAUGCCUAAAAAUUCAGUCACAAUCACAUCAUCGUCAUCCAUCCAGUGAUCUUCAAAGACUAUAAGCAGGUAAUGUAAAUAUAGUGGUCAGUGCUGUAAAUGUGUCUCUCCAUAAUUGGUAUUUGUCCAAAACAUGUGAUGUCCCUUUAACCUGUGCACAGUCUGGAGGCGCAGUUUUAUUGAGUAAGUAAUUGAGUGAGAGAACUAAAUGCCCAGCAAAACUUCUGGCCUCCACAGUUUGCUGAUGCAGGAGCCCACUCUGCUCCCGAUUGGCUGCUCCCUGGACAUCAUCCAUCCCAUCCAUCCAUCCCAUCUCAUCCCAGUGAGCCAGCCCCUCAGCAAUGUGUCCUGCUGAGAUUAAGCAAGUGCACCAAAGACACAUGAGACCACGUACUGCCAGUGAGCUGGUAGCUUCUGACUUGCCAAUACUCUAACCCUUUGUGGCCUGAAGUUUUGUUCCUUGACAAAACUUUUCAGUCACCCUUAUCUGUGAAAUGAAUGACUUGUUUUAACAAAAACAACUUUGACACUAUUGAUUAAGAAUAUUUAUCAUCACUGGGAUGUGAAUCCCAACAAGUCAUUCUGUACUCACUCUGGAGCAAGAUGAUGGAAGAUUCUACUGUUUGAGUUGGGUAGCCUCAACCGUUCAUAAAGGGUUAAGUUAGAUCUAAACCACAGAGAUGCAGCAACUGCAGAGCUACACUAACAGCUGGCAGGGGGAAAGAAUCUGAUGCUUUGAACCAUAUAUUUUUUAAUCCAUAGGAAAAUAGGAUUCUAUUUUAAAAGACCCUUCUUUAAAACCAAAGUUUGAUAACUGUUAUAAUGGCAGAUCUGUCAUUCCAAAAGAAAGCUAGCUACCCUAGUGAGGCUGGAGAUUGAUGGGCUCAAUCACAUGGUCUGCUCUGAAGUAGUAUACUUCUGAUUUCCUAAUUUUCUGUGUGUUCUUAAGAGGUAUGGAACCUGCAGACAGGGUUUCAGAAAUAAUCUCUAAAUUUGAUCCUCUUCCAUAGUAUCCAUGGACAAAAUCCAUAUCAUCUUCAUAUGUAAUCAAAUUGAUUACAUAUGAUGCCCAAACUGAAGGGCCGAGUUAGAAGGCAGCAUUUUGUGCUUUGUGUUUAUGUCUUCGGUAAUGGACCUCUCUUUUGAAAGUCUUUGAAAUGGUUGGAAAACAAUUUAAUGAUCCAAAAUUACAUAAUGUAAAACAGCAUUUUUCAUGACAGGAAGGGAUGUGAUUGUUAAUAUGACCAUAAAGCGAUCCAUCAGGCCAAGGUUUGGGUGAGUGUUGGGCACUGUUGCCACAUAGCUCAAGCCAAGAACAGAAGGGCAGACAGAUUGAAAGAUGUAGCAAAUAAAGUGACUUUUUACCAAGAUCACUGUAACGUGCACUGAAUGUUUCCUGGUAUUGAGUGUAUAAAAGGCUAAUGCUAUAAGGUUUAUUUUGACUAUAAAAGAGUUUAUAGAUUUGAAUAUAAGGUGCCUCAUGUAAAUAUGCUUCCUAGUUACAGGUACACAAACUCUAAUUUGAAAGAAUCCACAAACGGCUAGCUGAGAAGUUAACAGAUCUCUGUCUGUCAUCCAUCCAUGUGUCUUUCUUCCUUCACCUCAGUUAUUUUUACAUGAAAUUAUUAUUUCAAAUGAAAAUCAUUAUCAUGUGCCUUUUGGGAGACAUGGUUGCUCUAGAGGUAUAUAGUUUGUAAUUACCCUCCUUGGAAGCUCCACCUUCCUGUGGAACUGAAUAAAAAUUUUUAUGUUUUAUUUUUAGAGAUUAUGAUUUUAGGUAUACAGUAACUUUAAUGUUCUAUUCUUGGAAUCUACUCUAUCUCCCAUGUUUAAACAUUCUUAGAGCCAUUUGUGGGAUUCAUUGAAAAAUUUAUAGUCUCAAGGGAGAGUUUCAAGAAGUAUCUGUAUAUAUACUCAUGUUGGGGUUCUAGAGGCAUUACAUCUAAAUAUUUAUGACUUUUCAUCCACUGAGGUAGGUAGCAUUAAAUAUACAAGCACAGCAUUAUUUCUCUUUAAAUAACUAUUUUGAAGAGAAACUUUGAGGCCAUAUAACAGUUUAUAUCAUGCAACUAAUAUUUAUAUUUCCCAAUCCACUACAAAAUCAUUGCUAAGCAGAAGAGAGCAGUUAUUUGGCCUUUAUGUUUCAUUGUAUGCCUUUUCCCCCUCUUUCUAAAGUUUUAUGCAUUGAUAAGACUGCAGAUUGGCACCCAGCUGCCCGAGAUGUUCCAUUUAUCCAUAGUCGUUGUAGUGCGAUCAACCCUGAUUUAAAGGAACAUUUAAAUCUCUCCAGUAAGUGUCAACAGGAAGGCAUGGGAUAGCAGGGAGUCCUUAUGGAGUGGACUGGCCACAUGAACUGUCCUCUGCAUCCAGCCACUCUUUAUUUAGAUGGGAAGUGGCAUGGUCCUCUGAACGCUACAGGCUGGAAAUGAUCCCCAGGGCACGUGCAAUCUGUGGAAAGGAAUAAAUCAGACAGUGCAACAUGAUGAGGGCUUUCAAUUUGCUGUGGUUGCUGUAUUUUUGACAAGAAACCCAGAGCUUCGAUUAGGAAUAACCUAUCAGAGUUGUUCCUUUAAAAAAUAUUGAUGAAUAAAGCAAAUGUGGGCUUAAAAUGCCAACUUAUUUUUCACUUUGAUAUUGGUGCUUUAUUAAGUGAUGCCAUAGUUUGUCUCUUUUCCCUCUCACUUUAAAAAGAAUUUUAAAAUUGUGUUUGUAUAUAAGGUCAGUCCGGCAUAGAAUUUCUGAAAGUAACAUUAAUAGGGUUUCUAAAGAAGUUGUCAGAAAGACAAAAAUUAGAUAUUCUGUGCACUUUCCGAGAAGGACUCUUUAUGUUUGAAUUUCAAAACAGGCUUACAUUUCUUUUCUGUUGAUUCCCUUGCAUAUCUACAUAAUUUAAUCCUGUCUAUUGUCCCAGAUCUCUUAUGGCUACUUUACCUGUUACCUUUUUUGGAAUUUUGUUCUUUAUGUUUUACAGUUACCUUUGGACCAGAAGAUAUAUGAUAUUUUUAUUCAUUUUUUUUCAGUGUUUUAAAAUAAGGUUUGUUCAUUUUAUCCAUUCAUUUCCUAUUGUCAUGUAGUUCUAUUUUAACCAUAUAUAUAUAGUACUUUAAAUAAAUUUUCUUAUGUUAUUAUUUAACACAAUAAUAAAUCUUUAUCUAAA